AUCUUGUAAGUACUCACAUGACAUCAUCAAUGCUGAGAACAAAAAAGUUCUAAAGAUCCAUGAGUUGUCUGGCCUUGAUGAGAAUGAGCUGCGAGUCCUGCUUCUCCUGAGUGACCCUUUCCUCCUCCCUGAUGUCUGCCCAUUUUACAACCGAAAGGAUGGUACCUGCAGCCAGCAAAACUGCAACAAGCUUCAUAUUUGUCGACACUUUCUGCAAGGGGAAUGUAGAUUUCUUUCUUGCAAGAGGUCGCAUAACCUCUUGGAUACCCAUGCAUUGAGAGUGUUGGAAACUGGAGGCAUUGAUGUGACCAUGGCUUCAAACAUCCAGACUAUAUAUGAUCACAAGCAUGUGGAAUUCAACAAGGAGCUGAAGAAGGGCAAAAGUGCCAGUAGCGAUGUAACUGGUCAGAGUACACACCGCUUGCCAACAGCAGCUGGAGGUAAAGACAAAGAUAAAAAAGACGAUUCCUCUGCUAAAGCUUUGAAGGAUAACAAAGAAGAUAAGUGUGAUGAGAUAUGCGUGUUCUAUGUCUGGAAGUACUGCAAGCAUAAAGAUAAAUGCAGAUUUGUUCAUUACCAUUUGCCAUAUCGAUGGCAGGUAUAUAAUGGGAUCACCUGGAAUGACCUUUCCAUGAUGGAAGAAAUUGAAAAGGCCUAUUGUGACCCAAAAAACAGCAGCAUAGCAGGUAAGAAUAUUAAUUUCCAGACAAUGACCUGCUGUUCGUCUUCACUUCGACGUCUCUCUACGCCAUCAUCAGUCACAAAACCCACAUUUGCAUUGACUACAAAGUGGAUUUGGUAUUGGAAGAAUGACCAAGGCCAGUGGAUUGAAUAUGGAGAACAGGGAGAAGGGGAUAGUGUGAAAUCGCCAUCUUCUGAUGUUAUUGAGAAUUUGUAUCUAGCAGAUCCAGAUGCCACCAUAUCUUUCCAGGCUGGCUUGCAUGAUUAUGAUCUCAGUUUUAAAGAAAUGACCCAGACAAACAUCUCUUUUAAAACCAGAAGAAGGGUCUGCAGGCGACCAAAGUUUGUGUCUUUUGAAGAUGUGCAGAAGAUAAAGAAAGGACAGAGGGAUUCUUCUAUUCCAAAUCAAGCCUGUCCUAUCCACUGGGAUCAAUCUGCACUGCCCGACUUGGGAUACAAG